AUGAUGGAGCAGCUUCUGUUCAAUACACUACUGGAUGAAUUUCGUACUGUUGGUACAAUUAAAUAUAAUAAACAAAAAAAGAAACCACUCAUCGAUUUAAUUAGAAAUGAAAAGAAUAAGACUCAACUGAGUGGUUGUGCAGAGAUCACAUUUGAAAACGAAGGAGCAGUAGUAGAAGCAGUUAAAAAAUAUAACCAAAUGCGUGUACCGACGUUAAAUAAUGCUCAAAUUGGUGUGAUGCGAUCGGAAAAGAAGUCUUCUGCAUUCCCGAAUCCACUACCACCAUCACCAAGUGAGCAUUUGUAG